AAUAACAUGAGAUUCAAAAACCAUACAGAUAUUUCAGAAUUUCUUCUUGUGGGACUGACAGCAGAUCCAGAACUUCAGAGCCUCAUCUUCAGCUUGUUCCUGGCCAUGUACCUGGUCACCAUUGUGGGAAACCUGCUCAUUCUCUUGGUUGUCAGCUCUGACCCCCACCUACACACCCCCAUGUACUUCUUCCUCUCUAACCUGUCCCUCACUGACAUCUGUAUUAGUACCACCACAAUCCCCAAGAUGCUGGUGAACAUGCAAACACGGGACCAGAGCAUCACUUACGCAGGCUGCUUCAUUCAGAUGACCUUGGCAGUGACUCUAGGAGGUGUGGAAAAUUGUCUCCUUGCUGUAAUGGCCUAUGACCACUUUGUGGCCAUUUGCCAGCCCCUGCAGUAUAGGCUCAUCCUGACCCCAUUCUUCUGUGUUCUACUGGUUGCUUUCUCCAUGCUCCUCAGCACUGGGCAUGCCCUGCUCCACACUCUGAUGGCACUGCGGCUGCUCUUCUGCACAAAUGUGAAAAUCCCACAUUUCUUUUGUGAACUCGCACAGGUCAUCAAGUUCACCUGUUCUGAUAACUAUGUAAAUACUCUUCUGAUCUAUGUAGUAGGAAACAUAUUUUUUGGUGUUCCCAUUGCUGGAAUUAUUUUCUCUUACACUAAGAUUGUCUUCUCUAUUUUAAAGAUGUCAUCCAUUGGGGGAAGAAGGUACAAGGCUUUUUCCACCUGUGGGGCUCAUCUCUCUGUGGUUUUCCUAUUCUACAGCACAGGUUUUGGUGUGUACUUGAGUUCUGCAGUUACUGACUCUACUGCUAAGAAUGCGGUGGCUUCAGUGAUGUACAUUGUGGUUCCUCAGGUGAUGAACCCCUUUAUCUACAGUUGGAGGAACAGGGAGAUGAAGACAGCUCUGAGGCUUCUCAUUACUAGGAAACCAUUUAUAUUAUUGUGUCCUUUUCUUGGAGCCUGA